AUGCAAAGCCUCAUUGUAGAAACUGCACGGCGCAUAGAAGAUCGUGUAGGUAUACAGCGCGAGCGACAAAAGAAAGAGAAUGCAAGGCUUCGUCAAGAAAUAAAAGCUUUAAGGUCCGCGGCUGAGCAAAGGAAGAUCAGGGAAGAGCAGAUUCGCGUGGAUAUUCCUAGUUUGGAAGGUUCCGUGCGCUCCGAGAGAUUGUCGCCCAAAGAGCCAGACACUUCUACGCCGCUGUCGCGUGACAAAGCUCACAAUAUAGCUUUGGACGAGCUUGAAGAUGCGGAAUCAAGCAAGCUGGGCUUUAACGGACUAACGAGCGCCAUAUCUGAUGGGCAAUAUCCGACUACAAGGGAGGCAAGCGCAGCCAGUCAGGUAGAUGUGUCCAUAAAAACGCAAUUAUUAGCGGAGGCCGCCAAGCAGCGUCAACUCGAGCACAUUAAUUUCCGCUCCAAAAAAUUAUGUUUUGUCGACAUCGAACCGUCUCUGGGCAUGAGCCUCCUCUCGGUCUUCUGGAACCGCCAACAUGCCAUGGGAUCCAUCAUCUAUCGGCCGUCUUUCAUGCGCGACAUGGCAUGCCAAGGAAGAUACUUUUCCCCCCUACUUUUAAACUCGAUAUUCUUUCACACUUCUGAGAAUAUGCCCGGGGUCAGCGGCACAUGUGAUGGCUCUGACAACUGCAAUCCUGGCCGGCAGUUUCGUCAAAACGCCGAGGAUUUAUUGUUUGGUCGUGAGACGAAAGUUUUGUGCAAGAGCAGCAUUCCGACGAUUCAGGCGCUGCUUCUCAUGUCAGAUGCGCUGUUUUCAUGGUGUGAUGAGAGGAGUCUUUCAUGGCACUAUUUGGGUAUUGCUACGAAUAUGAUAAUCGAUCUGGGCAUUCAUUCUGAGAUCUCGACGCUUACGUUUCAAAAGGCGCUUUCACCAGAGGACGUAGAGAUACGACGUAGAGUAUUCUGGUCUGCCUUCGUCCUGGACAAGGUUCAGUCCAUUUAUCAAGGUCGCCCCGCUCGUCUCCGUGACAUGGACUGCAGUGUCCCCAUGCUCUUUCUUGACGAGUACGAAGAGCUUGAGCCCUUCAAUACCGUCGGCUACUCUGAAGUUGCUCGAACACUCGAUUUACCUACGCACAGCGGGUCGACAUUUGUGCAUCUCUGUAUGUUGAGCGGCAUUGCUGAUCGCAUCCUUGCCAGUUUGUAUACAGAGGAGAGCUUGCGUAAGGACAAUGAUGAGUUAUAUAAAACGUCUCUGGCUUUGCAUGCUCAAUUGAUUCAAUGGCGGGAAUCAUCACCGGAACAUUUAAAGAUUCAUUUUGAUACUAAAACUACGGCCGAUACAAUGGCUCUUCCUCAUACACUAUCUCUGAUGUCAGUACCUGCUAAGUCUACUUGUGAUUUUCUUUCAUAUCUAACAUUCAUUAGAUUAAUGUUUUACGCGUUAGUCAUACUGCUGCACCGCCCUUUCGUCUCCGAAGGUCACCUCUCCUCUACAACUCGUUCAUCUACCUAUCACGCCUCUUCCCUAUGCGAAAAUGCAGCAUCAAACAUUGAUACUAUGCUUCGCCGCUACAAGAAACACUGGUGCAUGAAAUCUCCUCCGUAUUUUGUGUCGUACGCAACCUACGUGAGCGCAACGAUUCACGUACGCAUAGCGGCAGAAAGGUCUCCGGCCUCAGAAGCGUACAAGCGUCUCCAGAACUGUCUCGAGAUAUUGUCUGAGCAUCAAAGAACUUCUCGCGCACCGAGGCGCUCAAUGGACAUAUUAGCAAGGUUGAUGCGGCGCCUAAACGUGGAUGUUGGAGACGCGUUUAUCGGUACCCGCGACAGUGACGGUCAAUCGUGCUCACCAUACGGCAGUGGAGCUUUGGAAAUGUAUGCCGGAUGCCAGCUGAAUAAAGAUGCUCUUAAUAAAGUUUCUUUAAAGUCUCCUCUCUCUCAACACAAUAUCAACACCGUGAGAGUGGCGGCAGCUGCGGGGUCAACAAAUACUCCGACCUUUCAUUCCUAUAUAGGCAGUUCAUCAUCUACAUUCAACAACGAUGACUUAUGUGGGCAGGUCAAUCCUGCAGCUUUUACCACUGACAAUCGAAUUGAUAGCCUGUUUACGGAUGCGAAUUUUGACUUCGAUCCGCUUUUUGGCUUCAUGGACCAGGCGGAUUUCUUGCAGGCUAUUCCUUUCUAG